AUGCUCGUCCUAGAUCCAAAUGAUCCAGCACUAGCACGGCGAUUGGUUCAGCUUGCACAGGACGCCACUUCCAUGGAUAGUGCUAGCAGAGAGAAGGCAGAACGUGAAAUCAAGGAGUUUCAGAAUUGUGUUGAUGAACAAACCGGGUUUGUUUUGUUGCUCCUCAAUCUUGCCGUUACACCUGGGCCUGCGGCUUCCUUCUGCUCUAUUGUUUUUAAAAACACAGUCAAAAUGUGCUGGAACGCUGCAACAGCAGAGCAUUGCAUCACAGAGGGCGACAAGCAAGUUGUUCGUAGCACUAUUACAGGGGCUAUGCUUCAAGCUGCUCCCAACGUUCAGCGAAACCUCGCCGAGGCCACCACUCUGAUAGCGGAGGUUGACUUUCCAAAGGAGUGGCCAAAUGCACUGGAUCGCAUUAUCCAAGUCUUGGGGACAGAAAAGGAUAUGAGGAUGCACUGUGCUGCACUAUCCACAGCCCAUGGUAUACUUGGGCGAUACCGCAGUCAAGGCGAUCUCUCUGAAGCUCUUGCAAAUGAUUUACGAAUCAUAUACACGUCUUUUACUGCUCCAUUGCUUUUGUCGAUGGAAUUGCUCCUGGGCGAAAUGGAAAAGGGAGGUGCGGGUGCCAAGGCUGCAUCUCACGGCUUGACGUUAGCUGUGGAAUGUCUGCGCGACCUAACUACACUUGACCUUGGUGAUGAGUUUAUUUGGAACAUGGAAAAAUUUGUCGCCGUUCUUCUACGCUGUCUCCAGUUCAGUAGGCCCGACGUGGAUGAGACAAGCUUGAUUGAGCUGAAAUCUGUGGUGAUGGCGUGUGUGACGCACUUUUUGCUGCAGUUUUCGGAGGACUUUGAGAAGUACGCAAGCGAGUUUCUCAAGGUUGUCUGGGACACCAUUGCAUCUCCGCUGAGUCGUGAGCAAACCAUGGACGACAUUGUCAUUCAAGGGAUGAACCUUCUCUCAGCUGCUUGCCGAGGUCCUAUGCGGGAUGUCUUUAAUAGUAGAGAAAUUCUUGAAAAUCUUGUGGUUCAUGUCGUUUUGCCAAAUCUUGCUCUGCAGCCGGAUGAUAUUGAACUAUAUGAAACUGAGCCAUACAGUUAUAUUCAGCGGGACAUUGAGGGUAGUGAUUUUCACACUCGAAGACGAGAGGCGGGGGAGUUGGUGCGAUCUUUGAUGCUGGCAUUUCCUGACAUGUCUGGCCCGCUUUUUAUUGAACAGCUGCAGCAGCUCAUGUUCGUGGCAUCGGCAGGUGACUGGAAGGCAAAAGAUUUAUCUAUUUAUUUGGUAUCUUCUCUUUCCCUCGGAGGACAGUAUGCGAACCUUCAGAGAGGCGCCACCCAAAGAUUGAGCAAUCUUGUGCCCUUUGAACAGUUCUUGAAACAAAGCGUUCUUCCGGAGCUUUCAAAGGACGUGUCUGAACACAGCCCAUUUAUUAUUAAGGCCGAUUGUAUUCGUUUUGUGGCGACAUUUCGGGCACAUAUUGAACCCCAACUACUUUCAGAUAUCAUAGCACUGCUAACUACAUGGAUCCGAUGCCAGGAUGUGGUGGUUCGCACCUACGCCGCAAAUGCGGUGGAAAGGAUUUUUACGCUUCAACGUCCUGGUCAACAUGAGAACGUCAUCACAGACGCAAAUAUGGGUGAUCGGGUUGCACCGCUGCUGCAGUGCCUUUGCAUGCGAGUUCAGGAGGACAAACAACCAAACGCCUACACAAUGCAGUGUCUUAUGCGGGUGUGCCAGAAUUGCAGUCGUUGUGUAGCUCCUUUUGUGGGGGACAUUAUCACUUGUAUAGUUCCUGUAGUCCGAGAGAACGCAAAGAAUCCUUCAAAUCCCCUUUUUAGUCACUGUAUGUUUGAGGUGAUUUCCAAGUGCAUUCAAAUACGCCCUGAGGAUGGACCAGCUAUAGAAGGUGCUUUGUGGGAGUCUAUGAUUUUUAUUUUACAGCAUGAUGUGCUUGAAUACGUUCCGUAUACACUUCAAAUUAUGGCACAGCUUCUUGAUACACGCGGCUCAGGUGCCCUGGAGCCCCCGGCACAUUAUCAAAACUUACUGGAGCCUCUCCUAAUCCCCGACAUGUAUCAGCAGAAGGGCAACAUACCUGCAGUUGUUCGACUUGUGGUGGCUUUCAUAGAGCACUACCCACGCUAUAUUCACAGCAAAGGAUUCACAGAAAAAGUCUUGAUUAUCUUUCGAUCUCUGCUUCAGUACAAAAAUUACGAUCAUGAGGGAUUGAAUAUUCUCACUGCAAUUGUUAUGGCCUACCCCAAAGACAUCAUAACACCAUAUAUGGGAAACGUAUAUCAGGUAUUAUUUCAACGUCUUCAAACCUCGCGAACACCAAAGUAUGUACGUGUUCUCAUCAUAUUUUUAUCGAUCGUGGUUACCUUUCAUGGCGCCGACGAUGUUGUGGCGAAAGUUAACCUUAUUCAGAACGGACUUUUCUGGAUGCUGCUUCAGCGCGUGUGGCUUCCAAAUGUCCAAAAGAUUACAGGAACUUUAGAACGCAAGGUGUGCGUGGUAGCGUUGGCCAGUUUGCUUGGUGAAUGUGCAGAGCUGCAGCGUAAUGCGGAUGCCUGGGCGAGCUGUGUCGUUAGCUGUCUUAAAAUGAUUCAUGGUGCCGUUGAAAGCGAUGAUAUUACAAGUUUUACUCCAAAAACACACUCCAUGGGGGACUUGAAACAUCAUAUUGACGAUUCUGGUUUUACAAAUGUUUUUUGUCCCUUGCAGGGUGCUGUGCGGGCUCCUAUUGACGUGUGUGCAUCUGUGAAGCAGCCGGAUUUGUACUUUCGUGACCGCAUUCAUCAGGCGUUGCAGGGUCCUAGUGGGCCCCAUCUUAAAAACCUCUUGCAGUCUAGCCCGGAGUUAUUGGCCAUGGUGAAGUGA